UUCCCUCUAGAUAUGACAUUAUAGAUAAUCAAUCAGAUGGAUUAGUUGGAGAUAUAAACCCUAGUUUAUACUCGAAUAAAAAGUUUUCUGAAGAAACAAGCGACUCAGAUAGAAAUGAUGCUGAUCCUGUUAUGGACACUUUCCAGAAAGUAGGUACUGUAAUCAGAGAAAGUGUUUCGUCAGGACAACAAGCCUUAGGACAUGUUGGAGAUUUUGCUAAUCAUGCAAAAAGUGCCAUUUUCAGUACCAGAUUCGCAUUACCAAAAAUAAUACAGAAAGAAGUUCCAGGUUUUGUUGGGGAACCAAAAAAACAGACAAUUAUUAUCACACCAAGGAUAUUUGACACAUCCAAUGAAAACAAAGUUGCACAGUCAAUAGGGGGAACAAAAUAUAUUAAAUUGGGUAGUAUACUAGAUGGUCUUGGUGUUUCCAAUCGAAAUCCUAACUUGACCUUCAAAAAAAUCACACUAGAACCACGGAAUGCAUUUUCAAAUGAGCAACAAAAUAUUCCUUCCAUUCAACAGCCGUUUUCACAAUAUUUCAGAAAUGUGAGGGUUGAAAACAUCAAUAACGUGGAAAAAGACGCAGAUUUCGUGAGAGAUACGGUAAAUAACUUGGAGAUAGCAAAGUUUUCAGUUGGUGCAAAGAAUCUUGAAGAUUUCAUUCUUAAAAUGAAGAAUCAGUUGCAAAGCUUUAUGAAUAAGAACAUGAUACAGAAUAAUUUAGGAAUUGGGACACCACAGGAAAGGAGAAAGGAAGAUCAUAUUAAAAAACCUUCAAGAAAGUGGUAUUUCAAGACUGCUCAAUCAAAACCAAAUGCUAAAAAGCCAUCAACAACCAAAGUCAAUCAGAAUGAUGAUGAAACUGUAGGUGCCAGUUUUAUACCAACCGAACUGACACACCCAUAUUUAAAUCAACCAACCAAUAAUCAACUUCAAGGUUUCAUGCAUGUGAACAACAAAUGGCCAAAAAUAAGUAAACCCAACGAAGAUAUAGGACCUUUGUUAGGAGCCAUAAAUCCAAUUAUGUUCGAAAGAAUCUUCAAUGAAACACUGCGAAGUAGUGGGAAAACAGGUACUCCCCAUGAGAUAUUUAGCGAUUACCGAUCUAAAAAUAAAACUGACGAACCUACAGUCAACAACGAAGAUAAAGUAUCAACUAGUUUUAGUGUGAAAGGACAAAUAUUGAAACCAUUCAUGGGCCAAGCAACAAGCAAAAACAAAAAGGAUUUUUUCAAAAAAUACCAACCCAGUAAAGACAAGACAAGCAGUGCCAGUUUAGAAUAUGAAGAAAAUAACUAUGACUAUGAAACUACAUGGUAUUGAAAAUAUGAAAAUGUAUUACUAUAAAUGAAAUACUGAAAAAUUUUGUUUUAAUCAA